AUCACCUGUGUCUGUUGACGCACGAGCUAGCAAUCAUACAAGACAGCUCUGAGGAAGACUUUGCGAGCAGUUCGGACGACCAGAUAGCUCUUGAUGGAAGCCAUGACUUCACACUCGACGUUUUGGCCGAGCUCGAGGACACAGAUCGCAAUGAACUCACCCUGUCGUUAUCCCUUACCGAUCGCAUCCCCAUCGAGAGCCACGAGAAUGUCAUCGACCACAUGGAGGAGGAGGAGGAGGAGAUGGGUCCAUUUAGCCGCAAUGAUCCAACCCAAGCGGCCCCCUCUAUUCUAUAAUAUCGUACACUAUUCGAGCAAUAACACGGCGUGAGUACAAUGCUACGUCAGUGGCGUAUGCUGCGACACGCUGCGCUGGUCUGCCGGGCUUGGUAUCUUCGUGCCGCUCGCGGCAUGUACUCAAGCCUCGAGAUCUCGUCGCGCAGGAGCUAUGACUUGUUGGUGAAACAGCUACACACAUCGCCUCGUGUAGAACGAUGGCUGGCAACCACACGACAGCUAUCCAUCAUCGAUGUUCGGAGCGACACUGGCAAGGUCUACAUCCCCUACUUGGAUAGCCUGCCUCUGGUGCUGGCCCAUGCAUUACCAGCUUUGCAAGUGCUCGACCUAAUAACUGCCCUGCGUCCCAUUAUGCAUCCGACAUUCUACCUGGCUCUCCCCAAUUUGAACCACGUCACCAGAUUGUGCUUGCGCGCUCGCCUAAGCCUCCUCGUCCAGCUGCGACGGAUCGUAUCUGCGUUCUCGCGCCUGCAAGAACUCGCUCUCCACCUUCAAUUCGAGGUCCCGUACCCAUUCAGCGCUCAAACUCACCGAUUAUCGGACAUCGUCACCCAGAAUAGGUCUCCCAUCCGACUGCAAAGCCUUGAGAUCACGUUGGUCGGAGGUAUGGCCUGUUUGCCUGAGAACCGUGACGCUCAAGAAUCUGAAGUCCGCAAUAUGCGAUAUAUGGUCACUUGGCUUGUUUCUUCAGGAAUCUGCGCUGGCCUUCGCCAGUUAGUGCUUGGUAUCGAUGCCUCAUCCGACACCGCUGCGGAGUUCCCAUCUACGCAGGCCAAUCGGCUCCUCGAAGCAAGCGGGUCAUGCUUGACUUCCUUCUGCGAGAGAAACAUCUUCACUCGCGGCCCUUGCACGAACCUCAUGAAUAAUCCAGCCUUGAGCUACUGGGAGUUCGACAUCAUUGUCUCAUAUUCGACGCUAUUCUCUAGUCCGCCUGCAGAGCAUUAAUGGCUGGCGGUGGCAGCAAGGCUGCGCGCUCGCCUCUCUACCAUCCGAAGCCACAAGCUCGCGCAUAUUGAGGUUUACUGCUGCGUAUC